AUAGGCAUACGGAGAGUGGUUGUUUCCUCAAUUUGUAAACUUAUAGUUUUUCCGAUUUAUUUAAGAGUAUUUUUUGAUGUUCAAGUAUUUUAUAAAAUAAUGAAGAAAGGAUACAAAGUUACGGAUGUAAAGCGAGAGAAAAAAAUAGGAGUGGCAGCUGAAAAUCUAAAGGAAUUAAUAGAAAAAUCCUGCAGGAAGUUUGGGUUCAAUGUCAGAUGCGCAGAAUGUAAACUUUACGUAGCUGAAGAUGGAACACUUGUGGAAGACGACGAGUAUUUGAUGACUCUACCACCACAAACUCUUUUCGUUUUACUUGAAAAAUCAGAAAAAAUGGUAACUGACAUAGACUUCUACUACAGCAUAAUCCGGUCCACAAAAAAAGAUUACAUCGACACUGGUCUAGCCGCAAAGGAAUUUCUUAGUACCAAUAUCAGAGAAAAGUUUGAAGUAUUACAAAGAUACAUAGCAGCUGCUGAUGAUGAAAAAGCAAUGCUCAGUGAUAGAAGUGAAGAUCCUGAUUGGUUCAUAGGAUUAGAAUCGUCCGAGAAGACAAAGGAACAGUCUAUGUCGAAACGUGUCAAAGAACGAAUGAGGGGCUACUUCUACAAAACGAAAUCAGCGCUGCAAUCUUCGGAACUCUACGUCCACUCAAAGAAUGGACGCUGCAAGACCCUCAUCGACCAGUUCCUUCUUGAUCUCCGCGAACUCCUCGAGUGCAGCAAUUAUAACGAAGGUUAUUUCAAUAGGAAGUAUGUAGAUGUAAGAUUAUGUAACGAAAGAGGCCUUUUUGAAUGUGGUGGCUUAUGGAGCGAGGAUAAAUGCGUCUACAGGAACGUACAUAUCAUUAACCCGUACAGGAGUCGAGAGGAAAGAAUUAUAUUUCAGACGUGGAACUUGGAUCAUAAAAUUGAACUGUCGCGGUCUAUAAUCCCUAAAAUAUUGCAGGCUGUUGAAGAGAUUAAUAAGGGCGAAAGUAACUGUUAUUCGUGCAACAAUGAAUUUAAUAAUGGAGGAAUUGAAACGGAUAGGUAUUACUUGGAGAUUUUCACUCGCAGUAAUCUGAAAUUGGUGCAUAUUGUGUGCCAUCACAAAGGCAAACACAGCGUCCAAUCCGGAGUGUAUACUGUUUGCAGAAAAUGUUUAGGAUCUAAAAGUGGACCGCGGAAAAUAGCUGUUGACAAAAAGUAAUUUUUGUCACGCAUACUCUAUAAAACAUUAAAAAAGUGUUUCAAAUCAUGAACUAAAUGAAUUUAGUGCUGAAUGUUUAAAUCUUUUCUUAUGUGUCAUCAAGUCGUUAUUCACAAUAUGAUUGAUAACACACGUACUUAAUGUACGCAUAAUUAAUAAGGUAAAGCAUUUCUUUUAUGAGUAUUACCAAUAUACCUAAAUGUCUAUUUAGUGCUAAAUAUUAUCCAAAGAGAAAAUGACGUUAGACCUAAUGUAUGUUUUAAAUUUUGCUUGAUUUUCCGCUUGUGCCAACUUGAUCUCAUUAUACCGAUGUUUUUAUCAUCGUUUUGAAUAAUCAAUUUAUUGGAUUUUUAAAAUACCAACUCUAAUUCUACUUUGGAGCUAACAGCAUGUAGCUUCAACCAAAGAAAGUGUAUCUGUAAAGAAAUACAUACAAUUAUUAUCUGUUAAAUAGACCCUUUUGGGGUACAAGAAGAUUCCACUUCUAUUCUGUCCUAUUUUUUAUGAUCAGACACAGUCUUACGUCAAAUGAUAUAUAUUUUUUAAAUCGUUAAUAAAAUAUGUAUAUUUUGAGGAACUGAUAGGUUUACUCAUUAAACAUUUUUAAAUGUGGGUAUCCCUUAAAAGGGAAUCCCUUCGACAAUCAUGUAGCCUUUCUAUGUAGUGAUUAUUUACAUAUUGUUGGUGUUGUAACUAUUUAAUAUUAGGCAUAUGUUUUCUAUUCCUUAAUUGAUCUCCAGAACCUUCACUUUAGAAUUAAGAAUAAUAAAAUAUAAUAGUUAAUUUUAUUGAGGGUAGUUUGAAGAAUUGUUAAACGAAAGGAUAAAACUUAAUUGAAUUUGGGUUUAAUCGACUUAGAGCCCGUAAAACUGCCGUGAGCUUAUAAUAAAUACCUACUAGCGAGAUAUUUCGACACAACCAAUUUAAGUAAUUGUGUUGUUCUGAGUUUUUGAAAGUAAAUGUUUUAUGAUUAUUAUCUUUAUUAAUAAACUGCCACUAAUUUCAACUAUACAAACUCAAAGUGGAUUUUAACUAUUUUAUUUGUAUUAAGAUAUAUUAUCACACACUGGUUUGUACCAGUAUAAUAGAUUUUGUAAUAAAUUAUAUAUUUUAUAAAUUUCAUCGAUCUAAAGGAGAGCAGAAAGGAAAUCGACGUACGCUUAUGACAAAGUUAUGGGUCAAUGUCCGAAUUUUUUCUGCUCUCCAUCCGCACAACAACCUAUAUUAUGUUCUGUAUUUUAUUAAAACUACCCACAAUUAGUUUAUUGAAAAACAGGGUGUAGACACUGUAGAUAGUCAGAAUUGCGCAGUUUUUUUUUUAGGUUAAGUAUAAUUUAGUUAAUUAUUAAGAUAUUUAUAUGUUUUAAAUGUUACAUAAUUGUAUCUAUUUUAUAUGCCUUCUUUACGUAAUAAGAAAUGUUUUAAAGUUAUAUGAAUUUAAAUAA